AAUUAUCUUUCACUAACACAACAAUAUUGGUUAAAAAUCUCCACUCAUUCAUUUUGAUAUCUCUCUCUCUUUUAAAUCAAAACUCCAAAAAAGAACUAUGGAACGUAACUCCCUCUUAACGGUUGCAUUGCUCUGCAUUGUCGUCGCCGGUGUCGGUGGCCAGUCUCCUGCCUCCUCUCCAACUAGCUCUCCCGCCGCUCCUUCUGCUCCAACUACUUCCCCUGCCAACCCUCCCGCCGCUACUCCUUCCUCUCCCAUGGCUAAAACGCCUGCUUCUUCACCCGUGGAAGCACCUAAGUCUCCGGCUCCUGUAGUAUCCUCUCCACCGCCGACACCAGUUCCCGAGAGCUCUCCACCGUCUCCUUCACCCAAGGCUUCCGCUCCGGUGAGCUCUCCACCGGCUCCAACACCAGAAGCAGUUACUCCUCCUGCUCCAGUAGCCGCUCCAGCCGCUGAUGUACCGGCUCCGGCUCCAAAAAAGCAUAAGAAGUCCAAGAAGCAUCAAGCACCGGCCCCGGCUCCUGAACUUGACAGUCCACCUGCACCACCGACAGAAGCUCCCGGCCCUAGCUCCGAAGACGCAAGCUCUCCCGGUCCAGCCACAUCCGCCGACGAUCAGAGCGGAGCAGAGAGCACAAGGGUGUUGCGGAAUGUAGCGGUGGGCGCGGCUGCAACCGCCUGGGCCGUUCUCGUUAUGGCCUUUUAAGUUAUUUGUAUUUAUUUUUUCGCCCUUAGUUCUUUAGUUUUGUUCUUUUAACUCUACGAUUGUCUCUUUCUUUUUUCACAUUUGAGUAAUGAGUAUUAUUUCAUUGAUUAUACCGUUUGUUUUUGUUUUUAUUUGUGUGGAAAUAAUAAUUUUUAUUUACUGAGAAGAAAAUAAAAUUCAGAUCUGUCAGUGAUGAAUCUGAUGAUACUGUUACUUGUUA